AUGGCAGAAACAAAGUUGAGCGGCUUCAAAGAUAAAAGAUGGUCACUCCAAGGAAUGACAGCUCUAGUGACUGGUGGAACCCGAGGCAUAGGGUAUGCAAUUUUUGAAGAGUUAGCGGAGUUUGGAGCAGUUGUGCAUAUAUGUUCGCGUAAUGAAGAUGAUAUCAACAAAUGUUUGGAAGAGUGGAAAAAUAAAGGAUUUAACGUGACAGGAUCAGUAUGUGAUUUACUAUUCCGUGACCAACGUGAAAAAUUAAUGGAAACUGUUGCUUCAGUCUUUAAUGGAAAACUCAAUAUUCUAGUAAACAAUGCUGCGACAUUUACUCCUAAACCUAUCAUGGAUUAUACGGAUGGAGAUGUAGCAACUAUAAUGAGUACCAAUUUUGUGUCUGGUUACCAUUUGUGUCAACUUGCACAUCCACUCCUAAAAGAAUCUGGAUAUGGAAGCAUAGUAUUCAUAUCCUCAAUUGCAGGUUUGAAAGCCUUUGAUUCUUGUUCUGCCUAUGCAGCUUCUAAAGGGGCUAUGAAUCAGUUUACUAAAAAUGUAGCAUUGGAAUGGGCAAAGGAUAAUAUUCGUGCUAAUGUUGUGGCACCUGGACCUGUCAAGACCUUACUUUUAGAGAAUGCAAUGAGAUUAUCUACCAGAGUGGAUAAUAUCACUGAAGAUAUAGUGUCUCAAACGCCGAUUGGUCGGAUGGGAGAAUCUAAAGACAUAUCAGGAGUGGUUGCUUUUUUUUGUCUUCCAACUUCUUCCCAUAUAACUGGACAAAUUAUAGUUGCAGAUGGAGGUUUCACUAUGUAA